AUGACUCCAACACAAAAACAACCAUUCCUGAUGCGCUCUUUGUUCUCCUCAAAGAAACACCUACGCGCCAAGAAUGGCUUCAACGACAUACCCACGCCAUCCCCAACCUCACAGCAACUCGCGCUUAGCAUCCCAGAAAUCCUCGAAAACAUUCUCUCCUUCCUCAGCCUAAAAAGCAGACAGGAUGCUUCGCAACUGGUCUGCAAGCAGUGGUAUGCCGUCUGCAAGGGCCUCAUCCCUGUCUCUUACAACUGGAUUCUUCGCCUAACCCCCAGCGACAACAACAGCAACGACAUCGACAUGGAGGAGCGAAUCAUCAUAGAGGGAAUUUCCUCCGCUAAUAACAUCAUCGUCAAGGUCGACGGGGACACUUCAGUAGCAGGGACUUCCAAGCAACGGCUCAACUCCUGGGCAACAAUGAUGGACAUGCUAUCCAGCAUUGUUCAGGACCAUAACGACCGACGACGGCACCUAAGACUGCAGUCCAUCCACCUACGAGAGGGAAUCCUCGAGAACUUUGCCGUCCAAUUGCCUCAGCUGCCCGCCCUUACCACCCUGUCGACUCUUAGGAUCGAUGUCAUUGUGCGGUGGGACAUUAUUCAUCUGUUGACGAUCCUCAAAGCAUGUCCCAACCUCGAGGAGUUAUCCGUCAAACCAACAUACGCUGCCGACAUACCUUACCGGUCGACCCAUCUCGCAGCAAAUCAGGACUUUGCGAUAACAUCUCAGGGGGAAUUUUCAAUCAUGAGCAAAUCCAAUGUGCAGAAAACAAUGACCCGACUCCGAAUGUGCAGUCUGCAUAACAUGACCAUCGCUCUGCCUGCUUUGAGGGCAAUUCUUGAAGCAAGCCCUCUUCUUUCGAGACUGGACCUUCUGCGAUGCAAACAUCUGGUGCGACCGGGAGAGACAUCAACCUUUUUCGAUGGCCAGCGCGCCCACAGUCUCAACUAUACCGCGUUCAUCAUCCGUCUUGUCGGGCAACACUGCCCCAACCUCAAGAUUUUCCACCUGUCACCCUCCCGCGGUAGUGGUCAUGGACUGAGCACCCCAGAGGCGAUCUCCAUCCUCAACACCUUUCCACACAUGGAGGAGUGCAACCUCACGGACCAGAAGAUCGAUGCAGGCCUUUUGAAGUCUCUGAAGGCGGUAACUAACAGGAUCACGACUUUAAACAUCGUGCCAGUAUAUCUGACUACCUCCUUUACCGGUGGGAUCCCUCUGCGCGAGAUUCUGUGCACGUUCCAGCACCUGGUCCACCUCCGAGCCCCCAAUGCGAUCUACUACAUCGAGGACAUGGAUUUGAACGAUGUUCAGGGACAGCUACUGGAAAUCAACGAUCGCAAGCACGGAACCAACAGAUACUCGACUCGAUCAACUCAACCUAUCAGGAAAGACGACCCUGACAUAGCUCGGCAGUACAUUUGGGCAUGCCGCGGUCUCAAGACACUGCAUAUGGCGGUGGGCUACCGCAGGUCGGAUUCCAACUCUACCGAAACGUCAUUGAUCAUCUUUGGAUUCCUGAGCAGGAUGUGCCCACUGUUACAAGAGUUGCAUCUCAAGAGAUGGGUCAUGAAUCUCAAGUUUGCGGGUGGACUGUCAUUGUUGACCCGACUUCAGGACCUGGAACGCGUCAGGAUCCAGAUAGACCGUUACUACCGGGCAGACAAAGAAUGCUUCUCUUGGCUAAAGUCAGCAGCUCUGCCAUCGACCUGGGGCGGAUUGACAUACCCGCUUGUUCAUCGUCGCGCUCGCAAUGACCUCCGUCGACGGUACCAAGAGUUACCACCCCCAGAGGUAGCAAAUGCAGAGUCCAAGUUAGUUGAGCGAGGUCAGGAGUUAGGGAUAGAGUUGGCCAAAGUUGGGCAUGGUGACGACCUACUGGAUUGGAUGGACGAUCACUAUGGAGUCAGCGCGUCUGCAUCUCAUCGCAAGGAGAGGUUGACGACUUUACCCAAGCUGCAGUUGUUCUGGAUCGAGUUUUCGGAGCAGCGGGGAGGUUCAGAUUGGAGAAAGUUGGAGGCCUUUGUUGCUGGGAUCCGGCCGAGUGUUGACUUUCAGAUGCGCACUAUCUCUGGCAAUGUUUUCUACAGCAGCUUCUCGCAAUACUACUGA